AUGACUCGUUGUGCUACCAUUCUAUCUAAAGCUGAGGUGACAACAAAGGCCACACUGCUGGCUCGUCGAAAACAACAGUUAGGCUUCACGCCAACCGAUGCUAAAAACUCAUAUAAAUUAGACAUUCUAGCACUACAGGAAGUACGAUGGCCUGAUAGUGGAAACAUUAAAACGGGUAGUACAACAAUAUUUUACAGUGAGACUAACAAUGGCAGACAUGAGAAUGGAGUAGGUUUCAUUAUUAAUGAGAAAAUUCUUCAUAACACAAAGGGUUUUACAUCUAUAAAUGACCACAUUUGCUGCAUUAAAAUAUCUGGACGACAUUUUGAUCUAAUUCUGAUCAACUACUACGCUCCUACAGAGGACAAAGUCGAUGAUAUAAAGGAAAAAUUUUAUGAUGAACUAGAAACAGAGGUGAACAGCUUACCUACUCACAGUUUGAAAAUGAUAGUUGGUGAUUUUAAUGCUAAAAUAGAUAGAGAACACAUAUACAGACCCAUAAUAGAACCAGAUAGCCUGCAUAAAAUAAGUAAUGACAACGGUACAAGACUAAUUCACUUUGCCACAUCACAAGAAUUAACAAUUAGUAGCACUUACUUUCCAAGAAAAGAUAUUCACAAAUACACAUGGGUCUCCCCAAAUGGUCGAGUUCACAAUCAGAUAGAUCAUAUAAUGAUAAAUAAAAGACACGCCAGUUGUAUUAGAAAGUUUAAUCUUAGACUCUCUACAAAAUGGAAUAUGGUGAAAAAAUCAACCAGAGAAAAGUAUAAUAUUCAAAGACUAGAAGACUCUGAAGUUCAAAAGAGAUUUGUUAAAAUGAUACAAGAAAAUAUUCAAAUAAACCAACCUAAGAAAGAAACGCAAACAAUUGACUCCCUUUGGUGUAAUCUAAAAGAAGUAUUAACAAACAAAGCAGUGGAUAAAAGAAACGAGUUAAGAAAGAAAGUACUACAAAAUCCAUCAACUAGCGACACUGAUAAAUACGAAGCACAAAGAAAGGUCACAAACAAGAUAAUAAGAAGAGAAAAGCGUCUAUAUGAAAAGAAAAUGAUUAAAGACAUGGAAACAAAUAGAUUUAAUCCAAAAGUAUUCUUUAAUUUAAGUGGAAACAUUAAAAAGGAUUAUUACACAGUGGAACCAGAAAUCGAGGAACCUACUCAAAAUAAAAUCGACGCGGUUAUUGACGGACUCAAAAAUAACAAGGUAUCAGGUGAUGAUGGUGUGGUUACAGAAUUGUUAAAAGGAGGAGGAGUACCGCUAAGAAAGAAGCUAUCAAAAAUCAUUAGGUGUGUAUGGAGAGAAGAAAAAAUCCCAGACGAUCGGAACACGGCUAUAAUGUGUCCUGUAUAUAAAUAA